AUGUCUGAGGCGCCCAAAGAUGCCCUCGACCCGGGGACCCAGGAAGAUCGAGCUCUCGAGCAUUUGGGAUAUCAACAGGAAUUCAAGCGAUCGUUCAGCCUUCUGGACAUGGUUGGCUUCAGCUUCAGCAUCGUUACCUGCUGGACUGCCUUAAGUGGUGCAUUUAGCGUUGGCGUGUCUGCGGGCGGUCCGCCAGUGAUGCUCUUCGGAUGGAUCGGCGUGUGUGUCGUCACCUUCGCCGUUGUUUUGGCAAUGGCAGAAUGGUGCUCGCGAUGGCCUGUAGCUGGGGGUCAGUAUUCGUGGGUUUUCAUGCUAGCACCACCCAAGAUCGCUCGGGAGAUGUCAUACAUUACCGGAUGGUUCAUGUUGACGGGUAUCCUCGCCAUGGGCUCGGCCAACAACUCGUUCGCGGCCAAUUUUAUCCUCGGGCAGGCAAACCUGGUCCACCCCGACUAUGUCAUCGAGCGUUGGCAUACCGUCCUGGUCACCUAUGCAGUCGCGAUCUGGGCCUUUCUGGUCAAUAUCUUUAUGCCUCAUCUGCUCAACCGUCUAUCCCGGGCUAUUCUGUUGUGGAAUGUUUGCUCGUUUAUCAUUAUAGUAGUAGUUUUGUUGGUUACUAAGAAGGACAAGCAAGACGCCGCGUUCGUGUUCCAAGACUUCCAGAACAUGACUGGUUUUGGCUCCGCAAUGGCAACAAUGGUGGGGAUUCUCCAAAGCUUCUUUGGCAUGUGCUGUUAUGACACCCCGGCCCACAUGACAGAAGAGAUGACCCGUCCCUCGAGAGAUGCGCCAUUAGCCAUGAUCAUGUCCGUCGGAAUGGGUGCUGUAACCGGAUUUGUGUUUUUGCUCACACUCUGCUUCUGCAUUGGCGAUAUCACCGCCACCGCAGACUCCUCCACAGGGGUCCCCGUGAUCCAAAUCUUCUACGACUCGACCCAAAGCAAGGUAGGCACGUGCUUCAUGGCCAGCAUGAUAGCGGUGAUCAUGAUGGUUUCCUCAGUGAGUCUGGUGGCCGAAGGCUCUCGAUCUCUCUUUGCGUUUGCCCGAGACCGCGGGAUGCCCUUUUCUGGCAUCCUAUCCCGGGUCGCAAAGGGGAGGAGAAUCCCCAUCUAUGCAAUCCUGGUGACGGUCGUGAUUCAGAUGGCGUUUAACUCCAUCUACUUUGGUACGGUGACCGGCUUCAAUACCGUUGUGUCCAUCGCGACCACGGGUUUCUAUGUCUCAUAUGCCCUUGUUCUUUUCGCCCGACUACUAGGGUGGGUUUUUAACCACGACGUCGCGUCAUCCGAUGGCCCUUAUUCCUUUUCAAAGCCCAUCUCACUCUCGCUGCAUGCACUCGGCUUCCUAUUCCUGUUCUUCGCCUUCAUCACAUUCAACUUCCCCUCCGAUGCCCCGGUGACGCCGAACUCGAUGAACUACACCAGCGCCGCAAUCGGCCUGGUUGCGCUGCUGAGCAUCUUCACCUGGCUCACCACCGCCCGCAAGCAGUUCAAGGGCCCGUCCGACGUGCAGGAGUUGGUCGUGGACGGGGUGGAAGAUCCAGCCGCAGCGACUGUUUCUUCGGCGGGAGGGUCCGAGAAGGUGGUAGAGUCGAGUUCUUGAGAUGCGUGGUAAAUCGCAGUUGGGUGGGUUGGAUAUGUACUGAAUUAGGCUCUGUAAAGCAACGUCCUUAUUUUUUUU